GAGUUAUCCAUUUGAGCAGAAAGAGAAGAAUUCGCGAUCAAAUCUCAACCCGUCUCCAUCCAAUCCACCCCCUAAAGAAUCGUUGCCGGACAGAAAAGAUGAUUUACGAACUCCGUAUCUACACCACCAUCCCUGGCCGGCUGCCAAACCUGCUUGCUCGGUUCGAGAACCACACUCUGAGAAUCUGGGAGAAGCACGGAAUCAAGCAAUUGGGGUUCUGGACGACGCUCGUGGGCCCCGAUGCCAACGACCUGACGUACAUGCUGGCGUGGGAGUCCCUGGCCGAGCGGGAACAGAAGUGGAACGCCUUCUUCAGCGACCCCGAGUGGAUCGAGGCGAGGGCCAACAGCGAGAAGGACGGCGCGAUCAACGCAAAGGUCGCGAGCAGCUUCCUGGUCCCGACCAAGUUCUCGGCCAUCCAGUGAUGUAUAGAAUAGUGCCACGGCUCGGAAGGGGAGGGGUCCCUUGGGGAAUAGGAUAGCCCGCCUUUUUUGUGGUAUCCUGUUGUCUUGACCCUGGUUGAUAAUCCCAAGACUUCAAAUCUGUUCAAUCUUCUUGAAAUCCAUUCUUGGGCCAAG